AUGGGAGGAUUAUAACAGAACAGUGCAAAGCGCAACAAAAAGAGAGAGAAGAACACAAUUUUUUUGGAAGCCCUAGGUCCCAAAAUCCAAACACACCAUUAGCAAAAGUCGUAAGAAAAAGAGACGAGGAGUUUGACAGACUCUCGUUCGCCGUUUGCCUCGCACUCCAGAUAGCAUUUGGAAAUGUUUCUGAAGGUGCAGUUGCCGUGGAAUGUGAUCAUUUCAGCAGAAGACCUGGAUGCAAAGGGACUAAUGCUGCAAAGGUCCAUCACAAUACGCCUAUUGGAUGACUUUGCAUGUAAGAAGGCAACAAAGGACCUCGGUUAUUUCUGUGCUGUGACGACACUGGAUAGCAUCGGCGAAGGGAAAGUGAGACAGUAUUCUGGAGAUGUCCUCUUCCCUGUGGUCUUCAGUGGCAUCACCUUCAAGCUUCUCCGGGGAGAAAUCCUGGACGGAGUGGUGCACAAGGUCUUCAAGCAUGGGGUCUUGUUGAGAUGCGGGCCUGUUGAUAACGUCUACCUCUCCAACCAGAAGAUGCCGGACUACAAGUAUGUGCCUGGGGAGAAUCCUGUAUUCCUGAACGACAAGCUGUCCAAGAUCAGUAAAGAUGUGAUGGUCCGAUUCAUGGUGAUUGGAACAAAGUGGCUCGAGGUGGAGAGGGAGUUUCGGGUGUUAGUUAGCUUGGAGGGUGAUUUCUUAGGUCCUAUUUCAUAGUAAGUUUGCCUCAUAACUGGCAUGUCUCUGUGACACUGCUGCCUCUGUAAAUGAAUCACUUUGGAUGGGUUCUUCUAUUUCGUAAUAGUUCUGCUGACUGAGACCUAAGGAGGAAGUGACAUACUGCAAAGUUAGCUGCUAGUUGAUCUUUUUGGCAUUGCAGUUGGAUGCCACCAGACCUGUUGAUUAACAUGGUCUCUGAACUGGCUUUAGCAAAUUAAAUAGUGAUGUUUAUAUGAUAUGUGAUGGUGAA